GAUUCCUGCCCUAGAUGGGCCAUAGUGCCGAUUGCCGAAAUCAACGAAACGGCAUCGUUCGAACAGGGCUCAUCACACCACAACGCUGCGUUUCGUUGGUUCCUAGCUUCCUAUCCUGCCUAUCCACAGCCAGUGACGAGUCUCUUCUCCCGCCACUCUCUGCUGCUGUAGAGACCAGCAGAAGUCCUCUCCCGCAACUCCAGCGACCGACGGUACAAGAAGGAAGAUAGACCUCCAGGGUGUAGUGUAUGGAUGUUAUCGUAGCAGAGCUCGGCCAUGACUUUUGUCUUUAGAGCCUCACCGCCACCGCCGCCGGUUCACCUUCUCAGAAACCCCAUCUCUGUACCGCCGUCUCCACCAAUUUUCCGCCCUCCGUCUAAUUCUCCGGCGCCACGUGUCCGUGCCCUCAAAACUUCGUCCGGCGAAGGCCAAGUCAUUCCGGGUUUGCUCAGAAAGCCCGCGAGUGUGUCUUUGGUGGACGAUGAGGACGCAAUUGAAGAAGUUUCUGAGCAGAAGGAAGAAGCUGAGUUGGUGGAUUGGGAAGAUCAGAUUUUGGGAGAAACCCUCCCUCUCGUUGGCUUGGUCCGGAUGAUUCUUCACUCUGACCAAUACAGAAGUGGUGAAAGACUGGCUUCCGACCACGAGCAAACUAUACUGGAGAGGUUGCUUCCAUAUCAUCCUGGAUACGAGAGGAAGAUAGGAUGUGGAGUUGACUACAUCACGGUUGGGCAUCAUCCUGAUUUUGAAAGUUCACGGUGUUUGUUCAUAGUCCGGAAGGAUGGUGAAUUGGUUGAUUUCUCAUAUUGGAAAUGCAUCAAGGGCUUAAUCAAGAAAACCUAUCCGCAAUAUGCUGAUGGUUUUAUUCUGAGACAUUUUCGAUAGCAUAAUCGUUGUGAAUGAGUGCAAAAUUACUGGACUGUUCUUUGUAUGCCAAAUGAAGAAGAAAAGCAUAAUUACUAUUCAUUUGAA